AUGCACGUCAAAGCCUUCGGGGCUGGGGAGGGGGUCCCUGCUCACGGUGGUAUCCCCGGACGGGCAGGGGGGCUGGCUCAGCAUCCUGGCACUGCCCCACGCCGCAGCGAGCCCAACGAGCGCUCCAUCCCCCAGUGGUGCUACCGCAUUGACGAGGAUGAGAACUGCUACCCUCACAAGCUGGCCUUCGCCAGCAGCUGUGUGGACAUCAAGAUGGGGCAGGAGGCGACAUCGCUCAACUCAGUGGUCAUCCACCAGACCACGAUGGUCCUGCUGCACAAGCCCUGCCUGCGUCCCACUGGCCUGGGCCUAGUCACCUUCAAGGUGGACUACAUCAGGGUCCCGGUGGGCUGCACCUGCGUCCUGCCCCGCACCGGGCACUGA